AUGAGAAGAGACGAGGUCAUCUCAGUUCACCUCGUCUCUUCGGCGCUAUCGACCAUCAUGGCGCGAAAGACAGCUGGGAACUCGAAGGGCUCGUCGAAACAGCAAGCAAAGUCGAAAGCUAGUGCUAGUGAUAAUCAAACUGCCAGAUCAACUGCUGUCGCCGAUGACGCUUCGUCUACUACUCGUGCUUCCGUGAACACCCCUACUACCGCUCCUGCUCCUCCUCCACCUCAAAAUGCAAACGCAAACGCGAAUACGGGCACGAAUGUAGGCCCGACCCUAACAUUCCGCCUCCUCUUCCUACUCAUCCCGCUGUUGCAAAUGUUGUGGAGUGCUGAGGCGCCUUUGAGGCCGUUUAGUGCGAUUAGGGAUAGGGUGACUGGGGAGUUGGUCGGGGGUAGUGGGGAGUUGAUUGUUCCAAGGGUUAUGAUUCUCCUUCCUGGGAGUGGGGAUAGUGGUGGUGGGGAUGGAUGGAUGAGAGACGUGGAGAGGGUGAUGCCUACGAUUGGGUUGUUGAGUGAGGAGAAGAGGAGGGAGUAUUUGGGGUUGUGGGUUGUUUCUUUGGAUCCCGAUGAGGGGAAGGGCGAGGAAGGAAAAGGAGAGGAAUGGGGGGGUGAGAGUGAGAGGGCGUUUUGGGAUGUUAUGGGUGUUGAAGAGAGUAGAAGGGCUAGAGUUCCAGUUGAUCUAUCGAAACUUAAAGCUGCAAACUGGGCUCCGAAUGGCAUAGCUGGUGCGGUCUUACCGUUUAUCUUGGAAAAUAAAAUAGAUACGAUCCUUACGUUCGACGAACAUCUAUCGAACGACCCGUACCGUACCGCCGUUUCUCGUGCGCUCACAUCGCUCAUCGACUCACCAGCUAUCAAAGCUGCCCUAUCCUCCCAUUCCUCCUCCCCAUCCUCAACCUCUACCAGUACCGACUCAAAAGAGGAGUCAGACUCAUCUGCACCUCCAAAGAGUACAAAACGACUCCGAGUCUUCCACCUCCUCCCCUCCUCCCCACUCACAUCCCACCUCGGCCCGCUAACACCCAUAAUUGCACAUUUAUCCCUCGCCUUACGUACGUUGUUGAAGAAUGAGAAGGAGAGGAUUAGAGGGAGUACGGUUUUUGUUAGUGAUGUGAGGGGGUAUGUGAGGAGUUGGAAGGCGUUGCUUUCACUCUUCAAAUCGAAAGGCUUGAAAGGAGGGGAAGGAGUGGAGGGGGUUGUUGGUGCGGCGGUGAGGGUUGUAGGGUGGGUUGUGAAGAGGGAGAUCUGGGUUAAUGAAUGGGUAGAGGUUUGAAAGUCCAGAAAUAAUUGUUUGGCAUGAGGAAUAUAAAGAAACGUAGAAGGUCCCUACCCGCCUGCAGUGCCAAAUUCUUAUAUAUAUAGCAAUCCGUUUCUUUUGUACUGUAGUUUCUUAUGAUGAUUUAAGAAUCUUA